ACGCUGUUGCCACGGCAGCGCUUUGGCGUUAAUUUGUAGGCUUAUCCAAUCUGUCAGACUUUCACUGUUAAAAAGAGGAAUAAAUAAACAGAGACAAUCGAUAAAAGCCGUCAUCUUAAAGAUUUCUCCAGAAACCAUGCAAAUGAACUUACUUCUAGCAAAACGCUGCAAUUUUGGACUGACUGCAUCGAGUUGUGAAGCUGGAUAAACAAGCUAACGUUAGCAUGUAACUACGGAAUCGCUUCACAACUCAAAACGCAAUGCUGGUGCAUUUAUAUGGAUUAACACUUGACUGUUUACGAAGCAGACGUGUUUGAUCGAAGCAACGAAAGCAAGCGCCGUUUCACUUGGCUGUUUUUAAAGCGAUGGUAUGAUUGAGUCGAGGGCGCACUGACAUGUCCUGCAGCCAUCUCACACCACAGACCCAGCAUUUCCUCACCACCUGUGGGCUUUAUGGCAGAAAGAUUUCCUCUGGCCGGGAAGGCCAUGUCGGACGGUUUCGCUCGACUCCGGUACAAAGACACAUCGCUGCUUAUUUGGCAGCAGCAGCAGCUGGAGCUCGAAAAAACACCGAUCAACUACCUGAACCGCAGCCGCAGCGCCUGGUACAGUCAGUACGGCAACCAGGCCGUGGUGCUGCGGGACAAAAACACGCUACACGAGCCUGAAAGCGGCUCCCGCAUAUGUUCGGUUAUGUGAUAGUGUUACUGGAUUCUAACAGUCCUUAUUUGUGGACAGUUUUUGAUACAUGGACAUAGAUGAGCAGAAAGUUAACGAGAUGCAUGUUACAGGUUCCAGUUGUGGUACAAAAAUGACAGAUUAUCAACUGAAAACAUUACCUGUAUACACACCUCUGUUCUGCAGUUUACUAGCUUUACUUUACACAGUAUUUUACAGUGUUCACUCCGUUAUACACAAACCAGUAAAGCAAAUGAAAGUGA